AUGGCACGUAAAGGCCCUGGUACAGAUGGCCCUCUACAGACAGCCCUACUGGAAUCCACGUCCGCAGCCACGACAAGAGCUUCUGAAGGACAGAAGAUCUUCAGCCCUAUAGCUGCAUUCCUCGAUAAACACCGCAGCCAAACCACCGGCCUGGCCCCUCACCUACUGAGAGCCCUCACCACUCUAAGCGAUGACCUCGCCUCAGUAGCCCAACGACAUUUUAGCGCCUAUAUCAGCGCUAGAAAAAUGGAAGCCUACGCUAUCUACUCUAGCCUACGGUCUCAACUAAACUCAAACAGUUCAGCACUAAAAGAAGUUCAAGCUACAAAGACUGGUUUUACACUAUGUCCCUCAUCUCCAGAAGCCCUCCUAACCCUUAAGGCCCAAAAAGAGAUUAUCUCUACAUUCUCUGUGAACUAUCAGAUAGAACGCAGCUCCUGA